AUGGACAUUCCAUCAUCUCUACCCACAAACCCUAACCCCAGUCCCAGUCCACCGCUCCCUCAGUCACCACCACCGCAAACACCGUCAUUACCUCAAUCGCCACCACCUCAAUCAUUGCCACUACCCCCAAGCCAAACACCACCUCUCAUUUCGCCGACCCCCCUUUCGCCACAAAUUGAGCCGCAAAAUGAGACACCCGUUUUCGACACUCAUUCCCCAAAACCAAUGCCUGAACCUGAGCCUACUCAAACGAAGUCUAAAGGUAAAACUAAAAAGGCUACAGGUAGACACAAGAAAACCCCUGUCGGAAAACGAAAAAGAGUACCCUCUGUUCCUUUCGACCUAAACUCUCCACCUCAACCUUCCUCUGAACCAGUCAGCAAAAGGACUAGGUCCUCCUCGCAAAUUCCAGCACCAGCGGUCCAAACACCUGUAUCUCAGUCACCCUUAAACUCUCCAGCAGCACCUGCGUCAUCUGCCGAUAAUAUAGAGGAGGUACUCUCUCCAUUACCUUGGGCUUUGAAGGAUAUGGAUAUGAAAAAUGCUUAUGAGAGAUUAGCUUCUAAACCUAUUUUGUUCUUUGCCGGUUUACGUGAAUCAUAUAUAGACAGCACAAUGUUGCUGCACAUGGAUGUUUGUGAGAAAGUAGGCCAUACCUAUGCUUUAUUACAGCAGCAUCCUGAAGCUAGUGGUACUGCAGACCCCACUACCUUUGCACCAGCAGAACCCUAA